AUGAACGUAGAGCUCACAUUGGCUAUGGAGACUGCUGAAGAUCGCAACGAACAGCGACGUUUAACAAGAAAUAAUGUUGCUCGAAAACAAACAAUUAUCAAUCUAGUAAAUGGUUUAUCAUCUUAUGUUAUUUCUGAAAGAAAAAAUUCCACUGAGUGUGAUGUUUUAAAUAGUGAAACACUAAGUGCGUCAAAAACAAUUGAUACAACUUAUGACAAUUAUGAUAUUGAUUUUGAUCUUAUUUCACCAGAGUUUAUUGAGAAUACAGAAGCGGAUGACUCAAAUGAUGAUACAUUAAAUGAUAAUUUUAAUUUAAUAAAUGAACUUAUUUUAUCACAUAAUAAACAAGUUGCUUUACCUCUUCAUCCAUAUACUAAUAUAUCUACAAAGGAGUUUUGCACGAAUCUUCUUCGUGCUUUUCGACAAACAAAAUUAUGUAAAACAUAUUCAACUAAUAUGUUGAAAUUGAUCGGUUCAGUCGAAAAUUUAUUUACAAAAAGAAAAGUAUGUUUAUCAUGUCAAUCUGAUAUUGAAUAUUCAGCUACAUUCUGUUUAAAAUGUAAAUUAACUGACAAAAUACAAUUUGCGAACAUUUAUGAUAUUGAUUAUGCUGUGGUCUUUAGUGAAAUAGUCGAACGAAAUAUUGUUGAUAUAGUUAAAUAUCGCGAAAAGAUAUUAAACGA